AGAUUUCGACAGCGCGUGUCGAUACGUCACUUUGGAGGAAGUUGGGCGUGGGCGUUGGAGAGUUGGGCUCCAAUCAUCCAAUGGCUGCCCAACCGGUGUGAGAAUGUGCUUUCAAUUUCAACCGAACUCCGCAACUCAUCUCAUCCUAUAAAGACCCUCUGCAUACACAUCACAGCGCAGAUAUAGAUCAUAAGAAUGAUUGCGCGAACAGUUGGCUUCCGGGCGAGCCGCUCGAGCCUUAUGCACGUAACCGUGGGGCCUAGAGCAUCUCGAGCUCAGCCUCUAGCUGCUGUCCGCAGCGCAACAACCAGCUCUGGACCGCUGCCGCCAUCGCCGAGGUGGCGAAGCCGAGUUGGAACAGCCGUGUUGGGAGCGGGCCUAGUCGGGACUGCUUGUGCGCUGCUUUUCACGGCGGUGGUCGCUGCGGAAGAAGCUAAGGAGGAGCCGCACUUUCCGGCUGUCGUCCCAUCAAAUGACUCCUCGCAGGGGAGGAGCUACCCAGCCACGGUGAUAAUUAAUGGCAAGGAGCUACCGGUUGCCACCCGUAUCGGAGACGACUCUGCAGACUUGGAUAAGCCACGUCUGGUGGUGCUGGGCAGCGGAUGGGGAUCUACGAGUGUCAUCAAGGAUCUGCAACAAAACGGCUACUAUACCGUGGUGAUAUCACCGACGAACUACUUCCUCUUCACGCCACUCCUGCCAGAGGCCACCACGGGAACAGCCGAACCCAGAAGUCUGACAGAAAGCAUGCGCAGAAUCUGUCGGAAAUCGCGCGCUCAUUUCUGUGAGGCCGCGGCAUACGACGUUCACUUCGAUAUCAAGAUGAUUGAAGUGGUGGGCGGCGAUGGAAAGCAUUUCCUAGUCCCUUACGACAAGCUCGUCAUCGGGGUAGGGGCCAUCAACAACACAUUCGGAGUGCCGGGAGUCCGGGAGAAUGCACAGUUCUUGAAGAACAUCAACGACGCGUUGGGGCUUCGUACCAAGCUCUUAACGAAUUUUGAGAAGGCGGCAUUGCCAACGACUUCCGAAGAGGAGCGAAAAAGACUGUUGAGUUUCGUGAUAGCGGGCGGAGGCCCCACUGGAGUGGAAUACGCGGCCGAAUUGUACGAUUUCCUUCAUAAUGAUCUUUCUGUAUAUUUCCCCGAGCUGUGCGGUCACACAGCACACGUCACCAUCGUCCAAAGCGCCGACCACAUUCUGAACACAUUCUCGGCCACCAUAUCCAAGUACGCCGAGGAACAUUUCCGGAAACACAACGUCGAAAUCAUCACGAAUGCCCGUGUCACGAAAGUUGAUCCUGGCGUUCUGACCUUCCGCGCCAAAAACGCAAAGCCCGGCGAAAAGGACACCUUCGAUAUUCCUUUCGGAAUUUGUGUAUGGAGCACCGGCAUCGGUCUCAACGACUUCACCAAGCGCCUCGUAGAUAAGCUCACCGCGCAAGAUCAUAAACGCGCGAUAGAGGUAGACUCCAGACUGAGAGUAAAGGGCACAGAAGGCGUAUACGCCCUUGGCGAUUGUGCGACGAUAGAACACCCGAACAUGUUGGCUCUCAUCAAGGGAAGUUUCAAGGACUAUGGGAAAGAGGAACUCAACUACGAUGAGUUUCAAGCGGUGAUGCGGAAGGUAGUCGACCGGUUCCCGGAGACGGCCACCCAUCUGGUCGAGAUGGAACGCCUGUUCAAGAAGUACGACGCGGAUAACAAUUACUCGUUGGAUAUCAAAGAGCUGGAGAAACUAGUCGACGAAGUCAAAAGCAAGCUAACAUCCCUACCAGCGACAGCGCAAGUAGCCCGCCAACAGGGUGAAUACCUCGCCAAGAAGUUUAACCAGCAGGCGUUCGGGUCAGCCAACUCCACGUCCUCCGGGGCGCUGCAGAUGAUUGAGGCGGCGAGCAAGCCGUUUUGUUAUAGGCACUUUGGGUCGUUUUCUUAUAUCGGUGGAGACUCAGCGGUCGUCGACCUAGCCAGCGGCCAAUCCGUGAACGGGUUCGGCGCCUUCUUGCUCUGGCGCGGCGCGUACCUCGCGAAACAGGUCUCGUUCCGCACCCGCUUCCUUCUGGCUGUGGAUUGGUGCAAAAGCAUCGUGUUCGGAAGGGACAUCACGAACCUAAGCGUCACCCAAACCACAACCCACGACGCGUCCGGGAUCACCGUCCCGCGGCCCCUCUAGUGCUCUAAUUUCGAGUCACAGGCCAGUUUCCCGCUCACCUCAUGCAUAUCAACAUAGCAAUUUCAUAUCCACAGAUGUAGUAGCCCGCAAUGUAACCUAUAGCUCGCUAG